GUAUGUUCAUCAGAGCAGGGGAAAAUUUCUUGAAAAACCCGAUGACCUACAUGUAGAGUGGCGAGUGUGUGUUUUCGAAAAAUGUUGUAAACAUCUAGUUUCGAUUUUAAUUCUCGGUGAGAUUUGCUGACACAGGUGCAUUGUACCCAUUUUUCUUUUAGAAAAAGAGCGGACAUAGAUCUACUACUUUCGGUUUUAGCUGGAUGUGAAGGAUUUAAUAUAUUUUACAAGAAAAGAAUGAUGGCUGACACGUUUGAAAUAGCAUUUUCUUUCGAUACAACUGGAUCAAUGUACAAUUGUAUUGAAGAAGUUCGAAGACGCCUCAGAGAAAUGGUGCAGGAUCUGAAACGCAAAAUACCUGGUAUACGUAUUGCUAUAUUUGCCCAUGGAGAUUACUGCGCUGCCCAUUCAGGCUAUGUCACGAAACACUUGGACUUCACAAACGACGCGAAUACGCUCUGCAACUUUGUCAGUAAUGUUUCCAUGACAAGCGGAGGAGACAUACCCGAAUGCUACGAACUUGUUAUGAGAGAAGUACAAGAAAAAUUGUCUUGGAGUACCUACUCCCAGAAGGCAUUGGUAUUGAUUGGCGAUGCGCCACCGCAUGGAAAGUCUGAAAGCCAGAACUAUCGUCAUCUAGACUGGAAAGAAGAAACAGAACAUUUAAGAAAAAUGGAUAUCAAAAUCUAUGCGGUCCAAUGUAGCUAUGAUUCCAGUUUCGAAUAUUUCUAUCAACAUAUAGCGGCAAGAACGUUUGGUUACUACAUGCGUUUGUCAAACAUCAGUGAGGUGAAGGACCUUCUUAUGAAAAUUUGCUUCAGAGAAGCUGGCCUAGAAGACAUGCCGAGUUCAUCUGUAACCACUCCCCAUGUUUUUAUUUCAACACCAUAUCCAGAAGUUGUUGGAAAACGGUCAAGUCCCAUUGCUGAGAUGAUUGCUAUGGAGUCCGAUGAUGACGACGAUGAAAGUGAUGAUGAAUAUGAGCUACGAUGUUUUAUGUGCAAAAAGCCAAAACCACCGAUUGAGUUUCCUAAAACACCUAUAUCUGACAGCUGCAAUCAUUAUCCUGGGCAUUGUCUAAGGUGUGUUGUAGAAUACGUCAAAAGGACAGGUCAGUGCCCACACGAAGAAUGCGAUGUUGUGGUUGAACCAGACUGUGAAAUGGUUAAUUUCUUUGAAUCAAAACUAGACAGAAUGUUUGUUGAUUACUCUAAGGUUUUAGAAGAGAAUCGCAAACUAAUGACAGGAUAUGGAGGACCUGUUUUCUCCGUGUCUGCAAUGAACGGGGACACUGCCUGGGUACCAUAUAAUCCAAGGAUGACCGUCGCAGACUUGAAGAGAGAAGUAGAAAUACAGCUUGGUAUCAAGGAAUCACAGCAGAAGAUUCUAUACAAAGAAAGAGGUCUUAAGACCAUUAAAGGACCAGGUCAGCCAUUCACACUCUCAGACUAUGGAAUAACGGAAACCAGCUCACUCAGCUUGAUAGUGCCUUUAUACUGUAUACCAGAGAACCUGGAUCAUGUAGUGUUCGAUUUGUCCUGGGAAUUCCCCAAAAUUAAUCCGGAUUUUCUUGAUGCAUCGUGCCUUGCAUUUGAAAAACACGAGUUUAUCCAAGUCAUAGACUGGAACCACUCAACAAACGAUUACUAUUUGAAAGGUGCCAUUCAACAUUCCGCCAAGAACGUUAAGACAGCAGGAGGACGAAUCGGUCAUCAGAGUAUACAAGUGUAUCUUAAACGUCUACCUAGCAACAUUACACACCUCUACUUUACCCUGAGCUCUUGGAAAGCACCUAAUCUCUCUGCCUCCACCAACCCAAGUCUACAAUUCUACGAAGCGUCUGAUCCCGGGACAAACUUAUGCAGUACUACCAUAAGCCAUGCUCUUAGCAGUCAGGCCGUUGUCAUGUGCUCUGUGGUUAGGGCGGGAACGCAGUGGCAAAUAUUCGAAUGUGACGUCAGCGGAUGUGUUGACGGAAAUACGAAGAAGUAUAAUCCGAUACAGGAACGUAUUGGACAUUUAAUUGAAAAUGAAUAAAUUGAUAUCUGAAAUAUUUGACAUUUCGCUAGUAUUUUCUAAAAACAUUCAGAAAUAAUUUGGAUACUUUGAUGCUUUAAUAUAUUUGAAAAUCAACGAAAUUGCUAUAAAUAUUGGACAUAAAACCUGCUCUGCAUAGGAAACACCAGUAUAAACCUAAAUUGAGUUUGGCUGUUGUAUAACGGUCGAUUAUUCAAUGAUGGUAAGUAUUUUAGAUAACCGCUAAAACCAGACAGUUUAGAGUGUCUAAGAACUGCGUAAGAACCCUUUAUUAAUAAAUAAUCCAACUUUUACAACUACCCUUUUACG